AUUGGUUUAUACAAUUCGAUAAAGGAAGAAGAUGCAUUAGAAGCCCACGAACAAAUUAAAGAUCUUACAUUUAAUGACAAACAAAUUAAAGCUAGAAUUAAGACCGAAUCACUUAUGAAAACUCCAACUAGACCAAAUGGUGCUCCACAACAACCAUUCACCCCAUAUCAAUCACAACACCAAGCUGGUUCAUCACACACUAGAUAUUAUAAUCAAACAGGUUCAGCUAAACCAUGGAGAAAUAAUUAUAACAAUAGCAAUGGUUAUUACAAUAAUAAUACAUCAGCCGAUCAAACUAACGCCACCACAACAACUGAACAAUCACACCAACCACGUAAAUACAAUAAUCGUAGAGAAAAUUCAACUAGACCACAAAGACAAAACAGAGACCAUUAUAAUAACACAUAUAACAAUAGUCAAGCUUCAACCUCUAAUACCGCCGCUACCACUCCAGCUACUACAGAAAAAACUACAGAAAUCACCACAACUACCACCACAACCACCACAACUACCACCACAGAAAAAACAACAGAAAAGCGUCAUAUUGGUUCAAGAAAACCAAAACAACACACCAGCAAUGGUAAUAAUAUAAAUAGUGGUUCAACUCAAGUAGUUCCAACCGAAAGAAAAGGUAGCAAUAUCCAUAAAGCAAAGAAAUCAAAGAAAAUAAUAAAUCAUUCAAAUACCGAAACUGAUUCAAAAGAAAAACCACAACAAAAACCAACCCAACCACAAACUCCACCAGGACCACAACAUUUCCCACCAUUAAAUGGUAAAGAAGGAACUAGUGUAGAAACAGUUGUUUCUGAAUCAACUAAAAAGGAAUGGGGUCCAGCCGAUAAAAAAAGUGUAGUUCCAGUUGACACUGCUGCCGCUGCUGCUGCCACCACUACCACCACUACUGCUGCCACAUCAUCACCAUCAACCGCUGCUGCUGUUUCUACUACUCCAGCUCCAGCCAAAUCAUCAUCAAGCAAAAAAUCCUCACCAUCAUCCCAACCAAAGAAAUCACCAUCAAAAGUUGAAGAUAAAAAGAGAACCUCUGAAAAGAAAACUUCUGAUAAAAAAGUUGAACCAGCUGUUGCUACCCCAUCAACUUCAUCACCAUCAGCUUCAUCACCAUCAUCUGAUGAAAAAAAGCAACCAACCUAUGCUGAUAUGAUCGCCAUGGCUGCUACCAACACUUUACCAGCCGCCACUGCUACUCCAGCCGAACAAUCCACCACUACUACCCCAGAACAACAAUAA